UCUGAAACAAGCAUGGCGCGAUGAUCAUUAGCGAAAAUGUUGGAAAGGGCGAAAUAUUACUUAUUCUUUGUGAUUUUACUCUAUAAAUUGGACUUCUCAUUUCCCCAAGAUGUUGACAAGAUAUGCCGAGAAAGAUGCGGGAACAUUUUGAAUGACAUAACGGGUCUUAACGAUCUGAGGUGUAAUGCCUCAUGUCGGUUGAGUCAGUGUCAGAGUGGCUGUGCCAUUUGGAAGGACGCAGUCAGAGCGUCAUGUCAAGAUAUGUGUAACAAUACUGCAUUUGCUUACAACAAGGAUCAGUACUGUGUUACUGGAUGCAAUGCCGCCUUAGAUAUUUAUGCUGGUAACAUGGAAGCUGCCCUAGGGAAGCUUCGGCCACCGGUUUUAGUGCCGUAUUCUUUGACGAACUCAUCCCUUCAACUUAGAUGGGAUGGUGAAAAAAUCAAGAAUAUCACGUACGUUUUGCAAUGGAAGUUUGCAAAUAUCAACCCGAGUGAUUGGAGGGUGCAGUACAAGCAGUUUGUGCCACCAACAUCAAUGGUAACAGACCUUAAACCAUUUACUACUUACAAGUUCCGUAUUGUAGCUGUGAUCACCACCAAACAUCUGAUCGAGUCCCCUCCAAGCAAUCCUAUACAGACUCUUCCUAGUGGACCACCAACCAGUGCCCCGGUCCUGGUCGGCCUAUCCAGCCCGUCAGCGACUGUUGUCCACAUUUCAUGGCAGCCUCCGAUGUUCACCAAUGGACCACUUACCGGAUUCCGUCUCUGUCUACAACCACUGAACAACACUUCCCGCCGCGAAAUCUUGAAGGAAGUCUCCAGUAAGCUGUCCUCGUAUACGUUCAGUUCGCUGCAGCCGGACACCUACUAUAAGGUGUCCCUGUCAGCUUGGAAUACUGCGGGACUCGGACCGUCUGCGUGGGGAGAGAUUGCGACACCCGCUGCGUUUGGGGGCCCGAGCGCAGUACCGUACAUGAUCUAUGGAGCCGACAAUAUGAUUCUCAAACAGGAUAUUACAGACUUUCUCAAAGAUCGCCAGGCAGUCUACACCGGGGAACAAUCCAUCAGAGUACUAGCGGACGUCAUCUAUCAGGAUUCCUGGUUCUACCUGAAACUCCGAGGCGUCACAGUUCACACAGCUCGUAAACUCGUCUUCUUCUCCGAUGGCACUGGGAAGGUCCACCGGAUCAAACUCAACAGGAAUAACUCCCACGAUGUCAUCUACAAGAGUUUCUUGCACCCUAGCGCCCUCAGUGUUGAUUGGCUGAAUGAUAAACUCUACAUUGUCGAGGACAAUAAGAUUCUGCAGUGCACACUUGAUGGUGUAUCCUGUUUCCCAGUUCUCACCAAUCUCUACCCGACACCAGAUGAUGUCAAGGCAGAUCCUUACAAUGGGUAUCUGUACUGGACCCAGUUUGGUCAGGGCUUGUUCCGCAUGGAUCUCAAUGAUAUUGGCAAGAAGGGGUCAAGGCCAUCUCAAUAUCGCAUCAUCCGACAAGACAUGCUGUACACAUUGUUCAUCGACCACCAAAAUUACCGACUCUACUUCCCGAACUCUACUAUGAACACAAUCAUGUCCUCGUCACUCGAUGGGACAGACUUGACAGAUAUCCGACCGAAUAUGCAGCGUCCAUAUUUCCUCCUAGUAAAGAGUUUACUGUACUUUGACAAGCUUUUUUAUUGGACGAAUGGGGAGUAUUUCAGCAAGGAGGAGUUCGAUCCACGCAAUGACGUCUACCAUCAUAAUAAGAUGUUCUUCUUGGAGAGGCACUUCCUUGGCUUAAAUUUGUUCCAUCCGUCUGCCCAGCCGAAACCGGUCCCGACCAACCCGCCCAUGAAGGUGCAGGCCCUGUUUACAGACAAGUCGGCCCAGGUCAGCUGGAAGAAACCAGAAUUGCUGAAAGAAAAAGGACGUGGCGCUUGGCAGCAGUGGCUGUACCAAAUUAGGAUCCGUGAUGAACGAAAUGUUACCAGAAUAGUUGACGCCAUCAGCGACCUUGAACACAAGGUAUACCAUCUCCGACCAAACGUCACCUACACAAUACAAGUGCGCGGUUACUCAAACGGUGAACACGGCCCCUGGUCAACAGAGUUUGUCGGGAGGACCUUGUUGACGGAGUCUGUGAAGCCGUACAUUCUUGCUGCGAGUGAAAAUAAUUUGAUCCAGACAGACGUGGAUGGAGGGAAUGAGAUUCCAAUUAUUACUAUCAAGAAUGAUAAUCAGGCUAAAGUAACUGACAUCCACGUGUACCGAGACACGUACAUCUUCAGUAUGGAUAACGGCAAGGUAUACAAGUUCUACAGCAACGAGACAGUACCGCAGGAAAUCACCCACAUCCACGAUGCGACAGCUGUUGUACUGGAUUGGCUUGCAGAGAAAAUUUACUGGUCAAACGUCAAACAGAGCAUGAUCUUCAGAUCUGACUUACAUGGCAAUUCCAUUGAGACUGUGUACCAGGCACCGGCACGUGACAUGGUCAUUGAUUCCCUGUCAGGGUACCUCUACUGGACCACGACCCACAGCCUCGAGUGCGCCAUCUUGAACGGAGCAAAUCACUAUGACUACCAAACCUUACCCUUCCUGUCAGAACAGUUUGUCCUUGGACUAGCGCUUGACCGACUCCAUGGGAAUAUCUAUUGGAUUAAGAAGGGCUAUGACGGAGGGAUACUAUUUACGGCACCGGUGGCGACUGAUGACAUGGGCACACAUCAGCCAAGGAUCAGGGAAAUUGGACAGCUAGGACCUGUAUCGAGGAUGCCCCUUCUGCAGUACUUCAGCGAUCGACUGUUCUUGAUGACGGAGGGGGACCAGGCUGUUAUAAGUGAUGUCAAUGGCACCAACCUGGCCAGAAUGGACAUCGCAAAUCGCCAUCCACUCAGGACACUGUCAGUUGUUCACCCGUCUCUUCAGCCAUAUCCAGUGGGUCUGGACCGUGAUCUCAUCAGGGUCAUCCCCAAUGACAUCUUGGCUGACGCCAUCAACGUUGUUGGUAACUGGUCAAAUUUCAACAUCACUUGGCCUGGUGAGACGAGGGUCAAUCACGGCCGUGUUUACUACCAAGUGUUGCUCAUAUAUCUGGGAAAGGAACAAGUAAACGUCACUGACAACCCAUUCUACAACCUAAGGGACCUUAAACCCUUUAUACCAAUCGAGGUACAUCUCCGGGCGUUCACAUGCUGGGGCUCAUCCAAGACAGUCAGGACUCACAUACGGUCUCCGAUGUCUGUUCCCAGUGUGCCAUCACAUCCUCGGGUUUACGUCACCCACAACCACCGCCUGAUGAGCUCGGACAUCAGCAUCGACCUGGAGUUCCGUUGGAGCCGCCCCAUGCACGUCAACGGCAUUCUGAUCGCUUACAACUUGUACUACCACAACAGCAAGGGCGAGAAAAAGAGUCGCAUCCUCACGUCGCAGAAUACAGACUUCUCAUUGGAUAACUGUGAUGUUAAUGUCAAGUACUACUUCACAGUUGAGGCGUGUACAAAGGUGGGCUGCGGAGACAGGACAGAGGUGGUGUCUGCGAAUACCAGUGUUGACAACCCAAUCCCAAGGCUUCUUGUUGCACAGAACUUGACCUUGAUGAAGUUAGACGUUGAUGAGAAGGUCAUGACACUCCUGAUCAGAGGUCGUCCGCUGACCUUGGCCUACCUCGCCCUUGAUAACAUCCUAUUCUGGAUCGAUGUGGAGGACAGGAUGAUGAGUUACAAUGGGGUGCAGAGGAAUGAGAUGUUCAAGUUACAAGGAAACGGUAGAAGCCUUGCAAUUGACUGGAUAGCGAGGUCUUUGUAUUGGCUAGAAGACCAAGAAAACAACACUGUCAUAAUGUCGUACAGCAUCGAGAGGGGCGCGGGAAAUGGCACACUCGUUUUGGAGAGCGAGGGCAUCAUCAGGACACUACAUGUUGAUCCUUAUCACAGUGCUCUCUACUGGACCGAGACCACGAUUGAGAAUGAGACCCAUCUCUAUACCAGUCUCCUAAAUGGAUCCGACGUCCAGGCCGUCUUUCCAUCAACACGGCGGGCUAAACGGGCUGUCGAGGAGGAAUACCAAGCCGGCUGUAACUGCGGUGAUAUGAGCAUGUCGCCAGCAUUUGUCCUCGAUCACAUGAACGGCACUGAUGUUGUCAUAUACGGUGUCAAUCUGGACCAGAAUACGAUUUUCAUGACCGAUUCAGCAAGUUGUGUGUGCAAGCAGCUGUACAAAGGAUGGGCUGGAUACCAACACGGUCUUCCACCAGAUUCCUUGACCGUCGAUUCCAAGCGCCUUUACUGGGUAAACAAAGCCUCGGGACUCAUCAACAGUAUUGACAAGAAGACAGGGCUCAACUUUGUGUCGGAGAGGAUCCAGGAUAUACAAGCUAUCUUAGCGUUUGGUCCACACCUUCAGCGUCUUCCAGAUAUCAAGUGUCUCCUUCCCGGAAAUCAGACAGAUCUGCCGGUGUUCCUAGGCAGCACUAACACCACAGUGACCCUCGACCUCGAGCCGCCACGAUGGGUCCCUCGAUGUAACGGCAUCAGUAAACCACCGCUACGCUACAGGGUACACUACCGCCGCCUAGAGGAUAAUGAGACAGUCAACAGAUGUGCUGUGAUCAGCGUAGGAUGUAGUGUCCAAGAAUCGUACGAACGGAGAGUUACCAUCAAUGGUCUUGAGCCUUACUCAAACUACGUUUUCCAAGUCUCCAAUACGAAUUUCUACAGCAUGAGAGAGCCACCUGUAUUUGGACCGCCGUAUGAAUGUCGCACCAAGGAAGGGAUUCCCUCAAAACCACUUGAUGUGAAAGCUGUCGCCCUACGGCCAGAUCGCAUCAAGAUUAGUUGGGAAACACCCGAAAAGCUCCAUGGUAAUGAGUCGGACAUAUUCUAUGUCAUCCGCUGGUUGACGGAGAAUAGUGAUGGAACAACAUCUCAGGGGGAGGAGGUCUAUCAAACGCGCAGUUGGUCAAGCCAUCCGAUCUUAUCCAAGCUCCACAAGAACCAAGCGGGGAAUAAGUAUUACAAGAAAAACCUAGAAGCUGGUCAGAACUACACAUUUUGGGUGAUUGUGCGUAACAAGCAGAUGGAUGAGUCCUUGUACAGCAUCAGCGACAUGGCACAGAACCGGACCUUCACGUUCCCACAACCCGUCACACUGAUCUCGUGCGGCCGCAGGAACCUCACUCUCAGCUGGGAGCCACCAGUUGACCAUAGCAUCAUGAGACAUUUCCUGGAGUAUAAAGCAGUGGCGGAGGAUGAUGAUUUUGGCAUGUCCUUGUCCUGGGGUCGUCAUACCCCCCAGCCAACACGCUACGAUAAACCAUACGUGAUAACUCUGACAAACCUGCUACCAAAUAUGUACUAUGCUACUAGGAUAGUAGCUAGCUACAGGACUACCCCAAGGGAUUACCUACUGUCCAUGUUCCGAUGGCCUUUAGACUACAGAUACAAAUUUAAAACAUUGGCUGAUGCUCCGGAAGCACCCAUUGUGCCAAAUGUGCGUCGUCUUGGCGAUGGUCUCUAUGAAGUAUUAUGGGAUGUUACCAUCAAUAAUGGAGCAGAAGUCGACAACUAUCAGCUGGAGGCAAGGCCUGCUGAGACCAACUCAACCUGGGAAACUGUGUACAAUGGCGUUGAGAGGAAAUGGAAGAUAGAGGAGCUGGAGAUCGGCAUGAACUACUCAUUCAGGGUGGCUGCCCGCAAUGAGCAUGGAUGGAGCUAUUACUCCAAGGAGAGUGAGCCAUUCUUCUUGGAUAGAACUGCCGGUCCAGACAACCUGACCCUGAUCCUUGCUGGCUCCUUCACUGCUCUCCUCAUCUUCAUCAUUACCACGGCUGCCAUCUUGAUUGCCGUGUUACGAUCUCGUCGACAAGAUAAGAAAAUGCCGGUCAACUUCAUCCUGAAGCCUCCAGCGCCCGAUGUUGAGCUGGCCAAUUUGAGGGAACUACCUACGAUAUCAGUUCAACAGGCGAAUACACUUUAUGCCAUUAGCAUCAUUCCAUCCGAGGAGGAGAUUGCCAAAUUGCCGCAUUUCCGACGAGACCAGCUGACCUUGACCCAUUUUCUGGGCAGUGGUGCGUUUGGAGAAGUCUUUGAGGGCCUGGCAACUAAUAUCCUCGCGAUAGAUUCAGGUGAAACAAAAGUGGCUGUCAAGACACUAAGAAAAGGCGCGUCACCUCAAGAGAAGGAGGAAUUCUUAAAGGAAGCUUUACUCAUGAGUAACUUCAAACACAAGCAUAUCUUAAGUUUGCUUGGAGUGUGUUUGGAUAACGAUCCACAGUUUAUCAUCCUGGAGCUCAUGGAGGGCGGGGACUUGUUGUCGUUUCUCCGAGCCUCAAGACCAACAUUGACGACACCAGCACUGCUGAGCCUAACAAACCUGAUAGGCAUUGCUGGAGAUGUAGCAGAAGGCUGUGAAUACUUAGAAGACAUGCACUUUGUGCACAGAGAUUUAGCUGCUAGAAAUUGUCUGGUGGCACACCAAAGUACGGGACAGGGUUUACUUGUAAAAAUUGGAGACUUCGGUUUGGCGAGGGAUAUAUAUAAGAAUGACUAUUAUAGAAAGGAAGGCGAGGGUCUACUACCGGUUAGGUGGAUGUCACCAGAAUCACUGAUGGAUGGUGUCUUCACCACACAGUCAGAUAUGUGGGCUUUUGGUGUUCUUAUCUGGGAAGUGAUGACACUUGGGCAGCAGCCGUACCCGGCUAGGACCAACAUCGAAGUGUUGCACUUUGUCAGGAGUGGUGGCCGAUUGGACAAACCAGAAAACUGCCCCCUCGAGGUGUACAACUUGAUGUUGAAAUGUUGGAGCUAUUCCCCCGAUGACCGACCGACAUUCAGCUAUCUGCGUGAGCAGCUCCAGCAGAUGAAAGAAAGGGCGACAGAGUUUGCCGAGAAUGCACUAAUCGGUAGGAACCAAGAAGGGGGUUUUGAUAACUUGGCCUUUGAUACCAUUGAGGGUAAAAUGGGGAUGCGUUCCCGGCUGGACAAGGAUAAGGACUACCUAUCACCUAACACAAGCAGGAAGUUUGGAGCAGUGCCUCCUGAAGGGAUCAACCUAAGUCCAACCAAGAAGAGGUUGCGGAGCCUCCUUGGUUGUUAUGACGACAGUGUGGUCCCAGAGAGCCCAACGGAACCAUUUGCACCAGCUAUUGACCGAGUAAAGAGGGCAGCAUCGUUUGACAGCAAGGAAUUCAGUGAUAUGUGUAGGUUGCAGCGGUUUGAUGCCCUGGGAUACCUUAAUCCAAAAGAUGUUGAGCAUCCGAAAUAUCUCACGCUGAUUCCUGAUCCAUCACCUACGGAAAUGGACCCACCAAUGCUGUUUGGAGAGAAAAAGCCUCGGCUUCACAUUGCCUUGCCUGAAGAGGGAGGCAGCGAUGGCUUGCAAGAGUUCACAAAUUCAGAGUUUACAAAUUCUGAUAGCACUGAUAUCGUUGAUAAUGACAGAACUCCUAUUACAAGUCGUAAACUGACAAGUUUCAAGCCUGUGCCACUACCGCGGCAAUGUGCGAGAGAAAAAACGCAACCGCUAGUGAACGGUUUGUUGAGAAACAGUGACAGCAGCGAUAGCGGACAUAGUUUACAAUAUGCGCAGAUCGAUGGUGUCGUACAAAAUCCGGCGUUAGAUCGCGAGAGUUCGGUGGAACCAGAAAGCCCUGAGAAACUGAAAGGAAAGGGAAUGAAACGUAAUUAUUCAAAGUUGCCCACCAGUGACAUAGAUUCAGAGAGUGACAGUGAAUCAAGUUUUCAGUCGGGCACUGGGUCAUCUGAGCGAUCGCGGAACAUUGAUGGUCCUGCGUGGCCAACUCAGUCGCUUAAUUACGCACAGUUGGCGCUGUCGACCGAUGAGGAGAGUGACUCUGGUAAAAAUCGGUGUAAAAAUAAUCGACGGGCCAACAAAUCAGAUCGCAGAUCCUCCAAUGGCAGCAGAAGGACGACAAACGGCAACGUACCAAAGCAGACGAAUCAUAAACUCCCAAAUGCAGACGUACGCAGCAAAAUAACCGGUGAUACAGACUUGAGUAAAACUGGAUUAUUCUGGGCGAAUAAUAACUGCCGGUUGCCAGAAGGUGUGGGCAAAUCAAAAAGCCCUCUGUUGGCUUCUUUAUCCAAACGGAAGGGAGAAUACAUAAACAUACCACACGACGAGGAUGAACGGAUAAACGGUGGAUGUGGUGGACAUACGAUCUUGGACGUACCAACUGAUGACAGCACGGAGACAGAGUCGUCAUCUGAUGAACAAGAAGUGCUGUUGGAGGCAACGGAAGUCAUGUGAACAAGAUAAUGACAAUUCGAAAUAUGUGAGAAACACAGUCGAUUAGUAACUGAAACAGCUAUAUUCGAGUACAGUUGACACAAAUAUUUGUUGUGGAAGGGUGUUCCCAACUGAUCUGUCUAAAAUGCAGAUCUGCAUGCAUUUAAAGCAUAGACAUGAAGUUUUCAAUGACACUUAUGGUUCCAGCGGGUUUAGUGAGUCGAUAUGUAACUCCUUGGGACUAAGGAAUGUCUUUCAGUGACCUCAUUCUGUAGGUUGUAACUUUGGGAGAAUAAGGAAAUGAUGCUUGUCAUAACUUGAAUGUGCCAAAGACGAUGUGGUCAUCUUGUGAUUGUGAUAAUUCAAGCUGGAAUCAUUUGGAUGUAACGUACAAUUAUUCAAGGAAAUGCGAGCAUAUCAAUUUGGCGGAGGUUGAAAUCUUGAACAAUGGUGUGCAAUUAUUUUAAUCCUAACUGCUUAAAGAAUUGAUUGACAUUUGCGUUAAUUCAGUAAGUGUGCAAGCUGAAAAUAACCGGACAAUUCUGGAAAAUUUUGCCCCGGAUAAAACUUCUCUUUUCCCUGCAAAGACGUAUUGUAGAACACAGUUCAUGCUUAGCUGAUGGUGUGUGCUAGUGCAUCAACACAAUGACAGAUUGGUCCACUGAUCUUGCGUCUCAUUGUGGUCCUCUGUUGGGCGUGGCAAGGUGUUUGCGAUAAGGGCAUUGCCCUGGAGAUGGCAGCACUAGAGUUUAUUUCAUCCGAGGCUAUUUGAAACAGAAAUUGAAGCUUAUGUCUGGUAGCUUGGGGUGGAGUUAGCUUUAGCUGAAAUUCCGUCUUCUAACUUCGCUGAUCAAAAUGGCAUUGAAAAGCGUUAAAUGACCAAAUUUCAAUAAUUCAUGGAAAGUCCAAUUUUCAAUGAGUGUAUAAGCAUAAGAAGAAAAUUGUUUGUUUUAUAUAUCAUUGGUCACCAUUAGCUGGUUCAGCUAUAUGUAGUUGCAGUCUUUUCUUGUAUACUGUACUAAUAAUAAUGUGAAAUGGUGCGACAUGGAAAUGGGUUGCAUUUAUGUGAAAAUGAUAUCAGAAGCCGUGUUUGAACUUUACUUUCAAACAUGAUCCAUACGCUAAUUCAUGAAAUAAGGUUCUGCACCCAAAACAAGAUUAAAAUGGCCAGAAAAAGCUGUCUGUAUAUCACUUCAAAUGGAUCAUUCUUGUUCAUUGCUUAGUGCAACCUUUUCAUGGAAUGGAGUAAAGUUAUGAAUGGCACUUGAGGAAAAGCAGCUCACAAAGCUACAAAAUCAGACUGGACGUCUGAGUUUUGAUGAAUUUCAACAUUUGCCAAUCUGUUGACUUAUGCACUGCGAUCUGCCUGGGACAUGGAAUCGUGACUAAUUCAGCGAGAUAAGGUAAAGUGGUACAAUUAGUCCAAGUACAAUUACAGCUAGUAGUACAAAUCCGUGCACCCUGAGUCUUUAUGAAACUGUACCUAGGCUAUGAUUGUACCAGCUAACCUUACAGUUGUUUCCACCCAUUUUCAUGCUGAAUCCAUAAAAUGUGCUCUUUUGAGCGAAUGUAGUAUUUCAGUCAUUAAAACUCCAUCAAUUGUCUUUGUUCGGUAUGGUGUAUCUCAAAACAUAUUGUAAACAUUCAACUUGUUGCAAUCGGGUUGUGCUUCGUUAAACCUCUCGUUGUACUCCAAGUAGGCCUACUUGUAUAUGUUAAGGUCUUUUACACAAUGUAUAUUACAGUCAUAUUACCACAUACAAAUACAUGGGCGAUGUAAAAAUAAUUGUUAAGUGUAAAUUAAAUUAAAUCAGUGUCUCUGGUAAAGUCUUUUUAAUAGUAUGCUAGACAACAUUUUUUUCCUUUGAUGGAUUAUGUUUAUGAAGAUGUAUUUUGAUUUUUAUGACAAAUACACUGUUGAUUUAUUAACUCUUGUAGAGUCAAGUUGAGUAGAUCUAGUCUUCAGUAUGUUUUAUUAAUAAUCUAAAGGAUAUUUGGUAUGUGCAUUUCAGUAGAUUUAAAGUUUUGACUUAUAACUUUUUAUUACUCAAUUGGUAUUUUACUAUCGUCUAAACUGAGAUGACGGAUAUCCAUUAAAAGGGAAAAAUGGUUCUCUUAAAGGGGAAAUGUUUUUUUCUCUUCUGGCUGGUAUUAACUGAACGAUGCUGUGUCAGAAUUAUAAAUCUUUGAAAGCCUAAAACUUAAGAGGUUUGUUGAUAUCUGUGUUUUCUGAACAUUCAAGGAACUUUGACCAAAGUCUGUGUUAUAGUGUUUAAAACAAUAAGGUGCUUAAAUGUUUUGUUUGGAGAUAUUGUUCUAAAAUAAUAACAGGUAUUUGUGUGAAGGAAGUAAAGAGAGUUCUGGAUAUGUUGCUGAAGGUGAAUUUCUAAAAUUAAUGUUUUUCCUUGCGUUUUUUUCUUAUGUCAGACCUUUGUUUUUGCAUAGUUUCUACACAGCUGAUUAUUUCUCAAUGCAAAAGUGCUCUAGCCUCACCCUACAUGUAGGUGUAUUUCAGGCUGAUAUUGCCAUCAGUGUCAACCUUUCUGUGGUUUCAAGUGUUAGUGGUCUGUGUCCUUUUGAUAUAAAACCUUAUAAAGUACAGUAGAACCUCUCUGUUAUGGACAUCCUUAUGACUGAAAAACAUUGUCCUCAAUAGGAAGGUGUCCUGUGAGACCAAUUUUUGAACGAAGUCACUGUCCCUGAUAGACAGAGUUUGUCCAUUAAGAGAGAUUCCACUUUAUUCUGUUUGACCCCCUUUGGAUUGAAUCAAUUUAAUGGAAGAUUAAGAAAUAUAUAUGUUUUUAUUCAGAUUCAGAAAAACCAAAUCCAACAUAUGACUAACUUUUUAAAACUCGGUGGCCGGCAAUUUUUGGGAAACUCGGUGGCCGGCAAUUUUUAGGAAAUUCUGUCUAAUAAUUGUUUUGCAAUUUUUAUCAACAGAUAGCAGUCCUAAGCGGGUCAAUAGUAAACUCCACCAAUAAUGUAAGUUCCUUAAGUAUACAAGUAGACGAUUUCUAGGAGGUAGCUUUUCAAAAGGCAGCACAUGGAAUCUCAAAGGCGCUAAAAUAUGAUUCUGAAAAUCAAAGUUUUCCUUCAACAAUGCACUGCUGAUAACGAUGUAUAAAGUCAAGCCAUCAUGAACCUCAAACGAAACAUGAAAAUGUGACCUUUUAAUUGCUUUUUGACAACUUUCAUGUUUUGCAACAAUCCCCAACAGGAUAAGCGCUGCCACCAAAAUGAGGCUCACUGCAUUCAUUAUACACUGUAAACAGUUCUAUGUUACCACAGUGUUUGAGAAUCAUAAAUCCUUACUGAACUAUUGAGGUUUUUCUGUCAUUGAUGGUUUGUUAGUCAAGAGUUUAAAGGAGAAAACAUUACACCGGGUAUUCGGAUUUUCAUCAUUUACAAAUACAGAAAUUGACCUUUACAAGAGCUCAUGUAACUUGCUAUGCACAUACAGAAUAUGGGGUUAUAUAUUUACAUAUUUCAAAACAUUUUGACAUCAAUUCUUAGUUAUUUACUUGGUAAGAGGAAUAUAUUGUUUUCUUGCUGGAACGUGUAGGCUUUUCAAAACUAUUGGAGCUAUUGUCGCGAACAAACUAAAAAUAGGAUAGAUUGUUUUGUCAAGAUGUUUCUCAAUCAAGGAGGAGGGUUGCUGUUCAAAUUUGCUUGGGGGAAAUGCGUGGUCUGAGACCGCUCUGUCUGCUAAAGCUUUCACUAUAGUCUUUUAGAAAUGGACAAUGAUGAUCUUUCUCAUUGAAGUUGAAUUGUUAAGUGCCAAUAUUGACAAGUCGGGAAGCAGAUAUUGCAGGAAAUGUUAUGAAAUUAUUUGUUUUCUUUGUUUUUAUCUAUUAUGUGAGUAUACUGCCAUUUAUGUAGAAGUAGCUGUAGUUGGUUGGUUGUUGGUCAGUCAGCUUGUAAGGCAAUGAUAUUACCCAAACAUGUCGAAGUUCCCUUGAGGAAUGAUAUGUGUAUACUUCAAGAGUGGAAUUGGUAGCUUCCAAAUAAAUUGAGCGAGUCGAAAACGUUUGGUUCUCAAUAGUCGAAAACUACUCAGAGUUGAGCAGAUAACAGUGUCUCAGAACCUAUUUCACUUGCAUUUUACAUUGAAGUAUGAAGUUUUGGCAACAUUUCUGGGGGCAACAGUCGAUCCCAGCACUUGGUAUAAACAAUGAAAUGUCACCCAACUUAUAACUUGCUAUUUAAUUCUUAAAUGUUUCUUGAGAAAGCUCCUUUAAAUUACAUGAAAGAGCUAUUCACGGGAGACUCCUUUAAUCAAUUGGGACAAAGUUGGCUGACCAACGGUCAAUGUUGUACAUUACAAGAUUGUAAAAAUUCAAAUCCCAAAUAUGGCAGACGAGAAUAAAUUAAAGGGGAACACACAUGUUGCCAUUGCUCAACUGUGUUAUUUAUACAUAGAUUCAGAAUGCUGCAUUUGUACAUAUGACCAUGUUUCAGUCUGUCGCGCAAGGGCAAACAACACUUGGCGAUCACAAGAUCAGCUAAAAUUUCCUUUCUUAAAAGGAUGGAAAAGUUGAGAAAUUUGUAGCCAGGUGAUCGCAUCUGCCAAUUUGUUUGCCUGUGUGCGGUUGACUUUAGAGUGUUGUGCACUGCACUGUUGUUGAUGUGUUCUCUGCACCUGUUCAUGUGUAUAUUGACUGGGAUACAACCCGAUAUUGCUGACGGAGGACCAACCAAAUGACACCUUGGGGAAAUUUUGAAGAAUUGUGGCAAUUUGAUGGUGGUGUUUUUCCUCGAAGUCAUACCAUCUUUAGGAAAUGUAAUGAAAAGUCCCCAUUAGGAGACAGACAUUGAUAGAAAAGUUUCAAAUUGUCAAUGACGAUAAAGCUACUCUGUUUUUAAUUGGUGAAUGUGAAGUAUUUGGGGUAAUUUAGGAUGCAUUCAGUGGUGAAUUAUUUUGAAAAUGUAUAACAUAUUUUGCUAGACUAUGAGGUAUGGAAAAUUGCACAUUUGUGCAACUGUUCUUCAAAAGUUCUUUCAUGUGUAUGAGUUGGUUCUCUUUUAAAUUGAUUGUGCUACAUGAUGUGUCACAAAGCCUGAUGAUACUACAUUUCAACAGUUUGCCUAACUAUGUGACAUUCUUACAAUUGGUAAUUGCCUUUCUAUGCAAGGAUCUCAAAAAGGUCAUCGAGUCAAUUGAUUUUGAUUCUUGGCUCUGAAAAUGAGAUGAGAUAGUUCAUCAGGCUUUGAUCAUCAGAUGAUUUAAUUAAGGCUAAUACUAUACUUCUGCUGAAUUGUCCAUGUUGUGGCCAGUACUGUAUUAAACUUGUACAGAAGUAUACACUUAGCCUUAUUCUUUUGACUUAUCAUUAGAAGGAUGGGGUGAAUUUUUUCUAGAUAAUGUAAAAGAUGAAUUAAGUACUUCGCAGUCCACUUUAGGCACAGAUCCAAGGGUGGCAAAGCAGCCCCCCUUAAUUUCAGAAAAAUCUUUUAAAUUGACCAUGAAAUUUUGGCAUUGAAUUGUCAGGGUUUGUGGUGAUUAUCUUUUACAUAUUUGCUAAAAAUUUGCCCCAUUAUUUCUAAGAGUUGUAUAUUUUACCGGAAGUCAAGUAUUGCAUUUAACUACAAGUACACUUAUAAUGUGAAAGUAUUCCAUGCCUAAGAGAACUAAGUACUCUGUUCAUUGCCUGUAUUGAAUGUACAGUAAUCAUGGUUCUAUUAGCCAUGGAAAACUAGAUUCGUUUAAGCCAUUUAAUAUAUUGUGAUUCCUUUUGUGUCAUUAUUUCAUCAUCAGCAUCAGCAUUAUGGUCAUAGUUAUUUGUUUGCAUAAAACAUGUAAAACAAGCUACCUGCCACUUGGGGGUGACUUUGCCACUGUUUAAAAUUCUGGCAAAGGACAGAUAUGGGCAGUUGCAACAAAUAGCUUCUAUUCUGUCUGUGAAAUACUUCCGGCAAUAUCCCAUCUUUCUCUUUUGGCAGUUAUCAGAUGGAAGCUUAUAUCCAAGAAUAACCCUCAUCAAAAGGUCAACAAUGAAUAAAGUAUUGAUAAGAUUUUGCAUGUUACCCUGGACUAAAUGUUUUAUUCCUCUAUCUGUAUUCUUCUGAAAAAAUGUGAAAUGUUGCACAACUAUUGAUGUCAAAGAAAAAACAAUAACUUAAAUCACAUUUACAUGAGGAUUAUUUCAUACCAAGUAUUAACAACUUUAAGUUUCUACUUAAUAGACACCCAUCCCCUCUCACUUCAUUUUCAAUUUUUUCUCACCGCAUUCAAUUUGAACCCAAACUAGGAAUAGAAUGAAUAUUGCAAGAUGCAGGGUGCUGAACUGCAAUGCCAAUGUCUUAGCCCAGGUGUGAUGAGCUUCGAUGCCACUUUAGCCAAGGUGUGAUGAGCUUUAAUGCCACUUUAGCCCAGGUGUGCUGAGCUUUAAUGCCACCUCAGCCCAGGUGUGCUGAGCUUUGAUGGCACUUCAGCCAGGUCUACUGAGCUGUGACGCCAAUUUAGAUACGUAAGCUUCAUAGAGUUUGUUCAAAUUGGUAUCAUCUCUCAGCAGACCUGGGUUGAAUUGGCAUCAAAGCUCAAGACCUGGGAUUAGUUGGCAUCGCAGCUCAUGUAGCAGACCUGGUUUAAAUUGGUGUCUGAUACCUGAAGACUUGGGCAGGCUUUGCAGUGUGGUCUUGGUUGAGAUGGUAUCCUGUUCAGCAGGCUUGGGUCAAAUUGCUCUAUUCAUAUCAUCAUACUCAAUCACCCAUUUUCAUCCUGUUGGAGUUGUAUCUAUAAAGUAUAGUGCACAUGUAGCGUCUGUACAUUGGGAUGUGUAAGAUGUAUAUGAGUACAUUAAGGAUUAUACUCGGUGUCUGAUGUAUCUUGUAUAUGUGUUAACACUUAGAUGUAAUCUUCAUGAAAUAUUUCAAAGUAACUCUGUCCAGAAAUUCAAUACUCGCCAAGUACUGCGCACAGGUGCGACUAAAAUCAAAAGCGAGUGUGAAAGUGGCAUUUGCAAUUGGUCAUAAGACUCAGUCUAAGCAGAUGUUAUAUCGCUAUCGAUUGCUACCCGAUCUACUGACUAGAUGACAGACGAAAAAAACCUUAAUUGGUUGCCAUUUUGAGCCAAUAUAUUCCAAACAAAAGCACGAUGCUUGGUUAAAAGAAGUUGAAAUGGCAGGCAUUACCAUUGUACUCAAUUUUCUUGUCAUCUGGUGAGUGGAUCAGGUAACAAUGUAAAGUGUCCUGCUAACGAACAAUUUGAAUGCGGCGCUUGAGACUGACUACAAUGGGGUUAUUUGACUUUUUGCACCGUACUUCGCUUCAAAGCAGUAUGUUCAUCUUGUUCCAGUGGUCAGACAGUUUUUCCCAUGCUGUCUUUUAGAAGCCUUUAUCCUUGAAAAUCUUAUGAAAUUCGCUUUUUAAGGUGUUACAUUAUAAGAGAGAAUUCCUUUCUAUUAAUUGCAUUUAAAAUUCAGAUAAAAGUAAUGUACUAAUUAUACCAAAUUCCGUCAAAUCUUUACAAAAUCUUAACAUACUUGAUACUUGACCUAGACUUAAAAGAAUUCUCAUUGACUGAGUUAUAACUUAAAAUUAAACCUGAAUUACUGCCCCUCUCAUCUCUGUACUGUUCUUAACUAAGCCUUUCUUGUACAUACUAUUUUGUACAAUAUUUGAGUGUCAUUUUUAAAGUUAAUUUAACGUCACAGACUGUACAUUUUAUGCACUAUAAUAUUAGAAAUCCACUGUAUAGUUUUGUAUAAUGGGUUAAGGCCCUCAUGGUGGCUAUGUAUACAAUAAAACACUAUUGAAAUA